UGUUGGUUAAAAUGUCAAUUUACAUCGGGUUAUAAAAAGAAAUAAUGUUAUGAUAGUUUGUACAUAAUAAUUUAUAUAUAUGUAUAUAUAAUUUUAUUAAUGUAUUUAAAAAUAUAGAUUUACAAUGAACCUGAACCGUCACGAAGGUGUCAGUUGUGAUUCCUGUUUAAAAAGCAACUUUAGAGGUAGAAGAUACAAAUGUCUGAUUUGCUACGAUUAUGAUUUGUGUGCUACGUGUUUUGAGGGAGGUGCCACUAAUACAAGACACAGCACAGACCAUCCAAUGCAAUGCAUAUUAGCUAGAUCUGAUUUUGAAUUGUAUUAUGGUGGCGAAGCUUUAACAAGUUUAGAACUCCCUCAGUCAUAUACCUGCCCUUAUUGUUCAAAAAUGGGAUAUACUGAUGUAACACUGCAGGAACAUGUCUCAUUGGAUCAUUCAGACUCACCCUUCGAAGUGGUGUGUCCAUUGUGUGCUGCUAUGCCUGGCGGAGAUCCAAACCUAAUGACUGAUGAUUUUGCUGGCCAUCUGACUCUAGAACACCGUACAGGACCAAGAGAUUUAAUUUCUUUCUUAGAUGAACCGGUCAGUACUCGUCACAAUGUCAGAAGGAUUCCGCAUAACACUGGACAUGCUACUACACACAUAGGUAGAGGGGCUGCUGCUGCCCUAAGGCCCAGGCGCUCCAACAUGCACUUUAGCGUUUUUAGCUCUGGAGGUUUCUCAUCGCUGUCGCCUGGGUCGAGAGAGAGCGUGGACCCGAUAGCCGAGUUGCUGUCGCAGCUGUCUGGUGUGCGGCGCUCGGCCAGCAACACGAACAGCAGCACGCCCACGCAGCUUCAGCAGCUGCAGAUGCAGCUGCAAUUGGAGCGACAGCAGGUGAACGCGGCCAGACAGCAGCUGGAGCGCUACCCGAGACGUCAGACUCAAAGUCAGACUCAAAGGGCGGGCGGGGAAGCGCACGCGUCAUCGAAUUGCGGCACCUCGACCAUGAUGCUGAACGCGACGCCAGUGUUGCUGCAACCGGCGAACAGCGCGCCCUCGGCUCCGAACCCCGUCUCCCAGUAUCUCCUCGCCAACUUGUUGGAGGAGUUGUGCUUGCAGUCGAGCCCCGAGCAAGUCAGGCAGGACAGAAGCCACUUUGUGCAGGAGCUGGUGCUCUCUUCUGUGAGCGAUUUGAAAGGGAGAGAAAAGGCGGCGAAGGAGCCUCCCUCCGACGAUGAGGGCGAAGAAGGGGAAGUGGCCAACAAAGACAAUGUGUUAUCAGUGAAAGGGCGGCAGAGUCGAGGCCAAGCGACUAAAGUGCGCGGCAGAGCAAGAAUAGCGGACGCGCAAAAUGCGAAAAGGCGCGCCGAAGCAAAUCGCACCCUGGAAGCGAAGAAUAAAAAUGCUGUUGAAAACUAAAUAUUAUUCUUGUGAUAGUUUUGAUUUGAUUUGAAAUAUGUGAGGACCUGCUGUUAUAACUUUUGUUUUGGUUUUUCUCAUUUCUUAAAACGUUUAUUUUCUUUUUUGUUUCCCUUAAUGUGAGUUAAACAUUUUUUCAGUUGCUUCAACUUGGCCAUAUGUAGCUUGCACUCUGUAUAAUUUCUAACUUGAAUUAAAAAUUAAGUGUGCAGUAUUUCAUUUAAAGUUGUAUUUUUACAGGUUCUCUG